UCCCCCUUGUCACCGCCCACUGUGCGAUAGAUUCAGAGGCACGUGAAGGAGCAUGCUGGCACCAGAAACUUCAGGGUCUGUUUAAACUCCCAGCCCACAAGUCCCUUAAGAGUCAGCACAUAUUUUAAAAAUCUCGGUGUACAUUGCUGCAUUCCCUGAGGUCCAGUGAACAAGGACGGCUGUGACAUCCUUAGAACUGAGAAGGAGCUGUGAGGAUGGGGAGGCACUGGCGAUUCACUCUGACAGGGAUUGCUUAAGAACCAGCCCCGCGCAGCCAGUCUCCGGUGAGGACGCCGCGGCCAGCUGCCCGCCGGGGCGCACGGAGCUCCUGGCUGCGGACAGGUUGUGCGGCGCGCUAUGGACCCGGAGAGCCCGCCCGGCGCUACUGCGAGCGGGGCGCAGCCUGCCAGCCGGGCCCGUUGUGUGCCGAGACCUCCAGCGUCGGGACAGGGGCAUCUGCACGGCGCCGUCUAGGACGGGCACCUCUCCCUGCCCUGGAUCCAGAGCAGCAGCAACUUCCCCGCGUGGAUCUUCUUCGCCAACUUCUCGGCGCCGGCGGGAGCCCGUGUGACAUUCCCCUGCACUGCAGCUCCCCACUCAGGCGGUGGCUCCUACGCUCCUUUGGAAGAGACACCAGUUCAGUUGCCUGAAUUUGAUACACUUUUUUUUUUUAACAGAAGCCAAGACAGCGCUCCCCAGGCCAUCGGAUCACCAUUAACUAGCAGCCAUUGCUGUUGUCCGUAUCUAGGGUACAGUUGCCCCGUGACCGGUAGAAGCAGCCUGGCUCUGGGUUGAAAGUGAGGAAGUUGUACAGUCAAUGCUCUUUUGUAGACUGAUUCAACACACACUGCACAUUGCCCCUCGUAGCAGGCUGCAUCCCAGACAGAGGGAGCACACCCACUGAAAAAGGAUGGUUCUUAAAGGCUCCUGGGCUGAACAGGGUUAAUUCAUCACUGCAUUAAACACUUCUGGGGCUCAAGGAAGGGGAGAAUAGCUCAGAGCUGAUAAGACUGGAGAGGCUGGGGUUCCAAGGAUGGACAACAUGUGCGAGGUUCCCAUUGGGGAAUGUUCAGACCAACCCCCACUUGAAGAAAAAAUAGGGGAGCUCCCUAUAGCCCCCAAGACAAAGCCACCAUUCAGUAUCAUCUUCUCCACACUUCUCUUCUGUGGCGAGUGUGUGGCUGCUGGGUUCCUGUGUUCCUCCUACAGUCACUCUGAUGAUCACUUCUGGCUUGCGCUGACCAUUCUCUUCAUGCUGUAUCCAUCCAUCAUGGUCCAGCUGACCCUCAUUUUUGUCCACAGGGAUUUGACCAGUGACAAGCCACUGGUGUUACUGAUGCACAUUCUACAGUUGGGGCCUGUCAUCAGGUGCGUGGAGGCCCUGGUGGUUUACUGUUGCUCGGGGCGGCAGGAGGAGCCAUACGUUACCAUCACACGCAAGAAGAAGCUCAGGAAGGGCUCUGAGGUAGAGCUGGAGCAGGAGGUCGGCCACUCGAUCCGCAAGCUGGUCACACACCGCAAUGCCUUCAAGCGCAUGGCAGUGAUCCAGGCCUUCCUGGGCUCCACCCCGCAGCUCACGCUGCAGCUGUACAUCAGCAUCAUUGAGAUGUAUGUCCCCACUGCCAGAGCAGUCCUGAUGGGCAUCUGCCUGGUAUCAGUCACCUAUGGGGCGCUGGUCUGCAACAUCUUGGCCAUCCAAAUAAAAUACGACGACUACAAGGUCCAGCUGCGGCCGCUGGCAUUCAUCUGUAUCGUCCUGUGGCGCAGCCUGGAGAUCUCCACCCGUGUGGCCGUCCUGGUGCUCUUCUGCAGCGUCUUCAAGCACUGGAUCAUCCCCAUUAUGCUCGCCAACCUGCUGAUCCUCUUCUUCCUGCCAUGGGUGCAAUUCUGGCGUAGUGGUGCCCGGCUGCCUGACAAUGUUGAAAAGAACUUUAGCCGGGUGGGCACUGUGGUGGUGCUGUGCUCCGUCACCCUCCUGUACGCUGGCAUCAACCUAUUCUGCUGGUCGGCCGUGCAACUGAAGCUGGCUGACCGGGACCUGAUAGACAAGGCACAGAACUGGGGCCGGUUGGCCAUGUACUAUGCUGUGCGGUUGGCGGAGAAUGCUGUCCUGCUUGUCCUCUGGUACCUCUUCAAGACAGACGUGUUUAACUACAUCUGCGCCCCACUGCUGGUGCUGCAGCUGCUGGUGGGCUACUGCCUGGCAAUCUUCUUCAUGCUCCUCUUCUUCCAGUACCUGCACCCAUGCCGCCAGCUCUUCCAGCACAAUGUCUCUGACUUUCUGCAGUGUGUCUGCUGCCAGCGGUGUGCACCAGUCAGGCCCACACAGCUCGAUACACCCUGCGAGUCUGGCGUGAGGCACAGCAUCGUCUGA